GUGCGGUGUUGUUUAAACUUCACAGGUCUCAGACAGACAUCGAGACAUGUGGCCAAGACGUUCUCAAAUGUAUAACGAGUUAGCGGUGCAAUCUAUUCGGCUAUAUUCCGUUUCUCUUCUAGCCUCGGAGACUAACCAAUACACAGAAAUAAGUGGGACAGCAAAAAAUAAACAACCAGGCCAAUUUUCUAGCUAUUGAUUUAGCUUCGGGGGUCAUCUGGUCAUUAGGGACAAAGCAACACUGUGCCAAAAAUGACGGGUGGAUGGGGAAAUGACGGACAGACCCCAGAGGGCGGCACAGAGCCAGAAGAGGCGGAGCGUUGUCCUAUCUGCCUGGGCGCCCUGGGCCGCUGUGUCCUGGCCAUGCCCGACAGCUGCUGCCAUGUAUUCUGCCUCAGCUGCCUCCUCAGAUGGGCAGAGUUGCAGGCAGUUCCAUCCUGCCCAGUGGACAGGCAGCCUUUCAAUGUUGUCUACAAACGUGAUGCUGUGCUGGGAUGUGUGACAGUUCCUGUGAAGAAGAGAAUCAGCCAAUCAGAGCCAGAGAAGUGUGGCUGCACAGACCCGGAAGCCAGUGGCUGUUUGUUAAAAAAUAAACAAGGAGGAAGAUGGAGGAGACCGAAGACAGAGAGGACAUCAGAAGCCAAAGUCAAAGGCCUUAUUCGGAAAUGCAGCGAUGAUGAGCCCUCUGUGUUGAGCAAGAAGAAGGUGAGAGGACCUCUGUGCUCUUGGUCUCCGGCCCAGACAGGCACAGCAAUGGGGACUAUAACACAGUGCAUUGCAGAACCCAUUUGGGUGCCCGAGGAGGAGCCGUCUGAGGAUGACUGUAAACAGUAUCGCCGCAAAACACAGGACUGCCCAUUUCUGCCUGUUGCUGUACCCGUUCCUGCCAGUGGCAACUCGAGGCAGUUCUUCCAUCCCUCUGAGUGGAGUAGCAGCCCCUUUCCUCUGAGACCCCUCUCACCUUUCUCUACUGCUGCUUCACCUCUUGGCUCGGGGCAUUUUGUCUUUCAGGGAAGAGUUUGCGCAGUCACCUGCCCCAAAGGAGGGGAGAAGAAGGGCACCCGUGGAACUGGCUCCAAAGGCCCCUCCAAACAGACAGAGGCCCUGACGACUAGGCGCUCUGGCCGCCACAGCAGGGCUGAGGAACAAGCUCCUACACAAGACCCUGCAUCUUCGCAGUCCCACUCUUCAGAUUCCGACACUUCCACAAACCCACCUACGAAAGCGGGCAAAAGCACUGCAGCCGCUGGUAAGAGGAAGGGCAAACGGGCAGCUCAGCGAAAGCCCAGCGCCAAGAAGAAAGCCCCAGCCAGAAAAAAGGCCUCCAAAGUCGUCCUCAGUAGCCCAUCAGGAAGUGAGGAAGCCAAAGAGGAGGAGGAGGAAGAGGAGGAGGAGGAAUUAGAACAGCAGAGGAAAGAGGUAGAGGAAGGUGAGCAGCUCUCAGACACUGCAGUGAGCCCACAGGCUGUGCAGCGCAGCUCCAGCCCUACCGAGGAGGAAGCCAGUCCCGAACCUUCUGCUUGUGAUGCCCUGAAGGACACUGAGGACCAGCCAUGCAAAGAUGAAGAUGAUCUUUCUGAGGAAGAGAAACUGGGGAAGGAGGAAGAGGAGGAUGUUGAGGAAGAGGACCAGAAGUCACCGUCGUCAGAUGUAGAGCUGAAUACCCCUGGGCUCCAGGACCAAAUAGACCAAAUAGAAGACCCAGAGAAAAGCAACUCACCCACCUCUUCCAACUCACCAGAGAGACCAUUGGAGAGCCCCCAGUCUGGGCAGUCAGGACAACUUGGGGAGGAAGAUGCUGACACCAUGGAAGCCACUGCUGAUCCAACAGAAGUGAAAUCUGAUGAUGAAGCCUCAGUGGAGGAAGAGAAAGCAGAGGCCUCUCCCUGCCCUAUUGCAGAGCCUGAAUGUUGCUCUGGCUCUACUCGCUGUGACUCUCCAGAUGGGAAUGCGUCCCAGAAAGUUCAAGGCACCUCAGAAUCAAAGGUGUCCGAGGAGGACAAGCUGCAUGAUCAAAAGGAUGUCACAAAUGAGAAAUCAGCAGCCAGCAGCAAAGAGGACGAUCUGUCUGAGGAUGACACAGAAGCUAUACCGAUGGACUGUGAUUCACCCAGCAGUGAGCGCAGCACCAACCUGGCCUCUGAUCCACCAAAGGAGACUGAAAGUACAGCUCACGAGUCCACAAGCCAGGCCCCUGAAGACGAGAGGAAUGGUAGCAGGCAGGAGCGGGAGAGCUCGGUCGGAGAGGAAAAGGUAGAGGAAAGGAAGAAUGGCAGGCAGCGGAAGUCGCGCUUCCACUCUGCCGCCACCACUUGGUCUCCCAAGAGGGAGUCGAAGCAGGACUCAUCAAGGAGGUCGCGCUCCAGAUCUCGGGAGCGCAACAGGGAGCGUCAGGCCUCUGGCAGCCCCCCCUCCAGACGCAGCAGGGAACGGGAAGCCCCCAGGACGGACCGUAGCCGUGACCGUAGCCGUGAGAGGAAAAACAGGAAGCGCUCUAAGAGCCGUUCCAGAUCUAGUUCUCGCUCCAGGUCCAGAAACAGGUCCUACCGAAGAGGGUCGUCCCCGGAGCGCCCUGACUCAGGGGGACAGUCACCACGGAAGAGGGAUCGCUGGACUGGAGAUGGAUGGAGGGCUGGGCCGGGUAGUGACUCCUCUCGAAGGAAUUUCCCAGAGAGGCCGGCCAGAGACUCGGGCCGCUCUGAAAAUGGUGGCUUUGCAGAGGUUUCCCCCAGCAGGGAAAAUCCUGACUGGGUUAUGGAGAAGGCGCGUGCUGAUACAGAGGCCAAGGUGACAAGCGGCCCUCGCUGGGAAGAUAAAGGCUGGGGCGCAGAUCGUGGACGAGGCACAGGACGAGGCCGGGGUGCCUACGGAACCUCCAAUCAACAGGGGGAGCAGGCAGAAAACCGCUGGCAGCCCAGAAACGCAUUCUCGGGGACCUCAAACAAUUCAGGGAGCGACGCGUACAGCCGAUUCAACGAGAACCGGGGCGGCCGCAGGAAGGAGCCUGAGAUGGGCGAAUCGAUGAUGGACCGCUCCGGCUGGUCAUCAGCUUCCAGCUGGGCUGUGCGGAGGACACUCCCGGCAGACGUGCAGAACUAUUACUCCAGGAGAGAUCGAGGGGGAGGUGCAGGCUCUGGCAGCUGGAGCAGGCAGGAGGAGACGUCAACAGCAGAUCCACCUCAGAGUGAGCCCAAUGCCCAUGGAGAAGCUCCACCCGCCCUGAACGUCAUGCCUCCGCAACUGAACGUCCUGCAUUACCCAAUGGGCCCACGAGGCCCACCUGUCAGCCUGCAACCACCCCCCUUCGGGAUGCCUCCUCAGGUCCCCAUGCACCUCCACUCCUCAGUGCCUCUCCUGCAGGUCCCUGUGACAGCUGCCCAGGGCCUCCCACCACCGCCUCCACCACCACCUCCCAUGCAGCAGGGCAGCAUGACGGCCAUACAGGCAGAUAGCCGCACAACACAGAUGAUGAGCAGCAUGGCCGUCCAUGGCAAAGCCCCCUUCAUGCCCACCACGACCAAAGUAGGUGGCGCCACCACAGCCCAGGCCUACAGCAUGGCCAUGCCAUCCUCCACCACCCAGCACAGCAGGGCCGCCCACCCAGACAGCUCCAAGAAAGAAAAGAAACAACAGAUCCAUGAGAGAGCAGUCAAUGAAGUGAAAGCAGCCAUGAAACCCUACUACCAAAACAAGGACAUCACCAAGGACGAGUACAAAGAGAUUGUACGCAAAGCAGUUGAAAAAGUCUGCCACAGCAAGAGUGGAGAGGUGAACUCUGGGAAAGUGGCAAACUUGGUGAAGGCCUACGUGGACAAAUACAAACACGCUCGCAAGAAAUGAACCCUGACAUCCGCUGAAGGGGGAAAUAGUCUCAGCCCAUCUGCUUAAGUGCAAUUUCUACCAGCUGUAACACAGCCUCCCGGCUGACAAAGACUGGAGCCCGACUUUUGAUAUCUCUUACCUUACAUGAAGAUUUUUCUAUAGAUUUCAUAUUUUAUUUAGAAAUAAUCAAAUCGGAAACUGUAGUGUGAGAAGACCGUUAUUUCAAGUCGAUCUUGUGGCUUGGGAACUACUAUGAGAUAGAUGCCCAGAGUAGCUGGAGCAGUAAGGUUAGCACCUGUUCUCUGGUGAGAUGGACAUGGAGCUAUGGGUAGUACAGAGGAGAGCACCCUCUCAUGGAGCCAGCUGGUAUGAUGAAUUUCUCCCACUCGCCACCGGGGACCUCCUAAUUACUUCUUUGUUCAAAAAAUAUUGUCAUUGUUUCUCAUUUGUUUUUGUUUUAUAAAUAUUAUAUUAUGAUAAUUCUGGAGAAAGCCUAGGUAAAUGUGCAUUGCCUUUAUGACUCUCUAGGCUGCGUUCACACAGGCAGCCCAAUUCUGAUAUUUUUCCAGUAAUUGGUCUUUUGAUCAAUCGGGUCAGGUCUGGAAAAGAUCUGAUUGGUCAAAACACCAAUUAGUGGAAAAAAGAUCAGAAUUGGUCUGCUUGUGUAAACAGAGCCUUAGUCGUUACUGCUCAAAGCUUGUGGACUGGAUAUGUGUAAUUGUAUCAGGGACCUCAUUGUUGAGAGUUGGAGAUCAGUUGUCCAAUCCGCAGUGAAUGUGUAGUGUAAGGUAUGGGUCUGGCAGAUCAGGUGAAAAUGGCCAUGUCCCUUACUUGAUAAAUGUGCUGCGUGAACAUUGUGUGAAAUACCCAGAGAGCAAUGAAAUAAAUGAGCUGCUUCA